AUGGUGCUUCUUGCAGCUUCGAUUGCUACGCGUGGUGGAAAACCGGUCAUCUCUCGCCAAUUCCGUGAGAUGGCCGGUUCGCGAAUUGAGGCGCUACUAGCCUCAUUCCCCAAGCUCAUCAACUCUGGUUCUCAGCACACUUUUGUCGAGACGGAUACCGUGCGAUUCGUGUACCAGCCGCUUGAAGACUUGUACAUGAUCCUGAUCACCACAAAGCAUUCGAAUAUGCUACAGGACAUUGACACGUUGCACUUGUUCGCGCGGGCUGUGAGUGAUCGAUGUCACUCGCUGGAUGAGCAAGAUAUUCUCAUGUCGUGCUUCGAGAUCCUUGAGGCUUUCGAUGAAAUCGUAUCGCUGGGCUACCGAGAGAAUGUCACCCUGUCACAGGUCCGCACGAUGCUUGAGAUGGACAGUCAUGAGGAGCGUAUUCAUGAGAUUAUUGAGCGAAACAAGGAACUUGAGGCGAAAGAGGAACUCAAGCGCCGCGCGCGUCAGCUCGAAAUGCAACGCCGUGAUGCCGCUCGACGUAAUCAUUCUGGCCUUGGUGGUGAUAUGUCUGCCAUAUCUCGCACGUACGAAGCUGUGCCAUCGGCGCCAGUGUAUGGACUUCAGGACACCAUCGAGACAGCAAGUCCCGCACAGGCAGGACCCCUAAAGGGCAAGGGCAUGUCGCUCGGCAAGAAGUCGAAGGGCUCAGCUAUCCUGGGCUCUGUACAAAAGACCGCUCCUCAGGCGGCAGCCUUGGCAUCUAAACCUGCUCCAAAACAGCAAAAGCCCAACAUUGGAGUAGCACCUGCUCGCAAAGCUGAACGGGCAACUAACGCACCACAGAAGGUUCGUGCGCAUGCACCUCUGUCUCACGAACGCUCAUUAGCUCAAGAACAAGAGAAAGCCCGUAUACCGGUACAGACACAAGUUUCAGCGCCAACUGAAUCACUCAUGGAAGAGUCUGUGCUUCCCACGGUAAAUCUGCCAUCAGUAGUACACCAAGCACAAGACGCCUGGGCAGUUGCUGGGUCGACUGAGGAGCAAUUCAACGAGGUGCCUGAUCAGGCAUCCCAAACUGUCUACAAUGAAGAGGCAGUCGAUAAUGCACACGAAGAUGGUCCCACACGUGCUGGAAUUUUGUAUGAGCCUCAGUCUAUUGAAAGUGCUCACCAGCCUGAGCCUUAUGAAUCGGAAAACCCCUAUGAAAAGGAGCUUUACCAUGGAGAGCAAGACCAUGUACAGAAAACCUACGACUCUGGUGAGAUUUUCGAAUCCGACAAAAUCUACCAGCCCGACGAAGCUUACCAGCCUGAGCAGGCCUACCAACCUGGGGAUGCUUACCAACCUGAGGAAGCUUACCAACCCGAGGAAGCCUACCAGUCUGAAGAGGUUUAUCAACCUGAAGAAGCUUAUCAGUCCGAGGAAGCCUACCAGCCUGAAGAGGUUUAUCAACCUGAAGAAGCUUACCAACCCGAAGAAGCCUACCAAACUGAGGAAGCCUACCAAACUGAGGAAGCCUACCAGCCCGAAGAGGUUUAUCAAUCCGAGGAGGCUUACCAGCCACAAGAGGCUGAUCGACCAGGAGAACCUUAUCAACCUCAUAACACGUACGAGGGCGUGGGAUAUGACCCUGAACAAGUGUAUCAUUCGCAGGAUUCUUACCACCAGUCAGAGAGCAUUUAUCAACCGGAACAAUCUGAUGCACCCAAACAGGCAUAUGAUCAUGAACUAGAAACUCAAGUACCUACUGCUGUCAUCCCGGAAGUUCCAUCGGCACUUGAUACGCAACCUGCGCCUAUUGUCUCGCCUACUGAACCUGUCUCGGACCAAGUGCAUUUCAUGGUCAAGGAGCGCGUGUCUGCUACAGGCAAUCGUGAUGGCGGUCUCGAGACUCUUGAGGUAAAGGGAGAUCUUCUUCUCAAAAUCACAGAUCCUGCAUCAACUCGUCUGAGCAUCUUGAUGGAUGCUCAAGAGCGGUUUGGCGGUGCUGAAGUGCAAUACCGGACACACCCUCACGUCGAUAAGCAGCCUUGGGCUUCUGAGCGCAAGAUCGCGCUGCGCGAUCCAAAGAGGGAGUUCCCUGUGAAUCAGCAAGUGGGCGUGCUUCGAUGGCGUGCUGUUACAAAAGACGAAUCAGUACUGCCUCUUUCGAUCACCGUGUGGGUAAAUCCAUCAGGCGAUGGCGCAAGUGAAGUCGUUAUUGAAUACCAGCUGGAAAACACUUCCCUUGUAUUGUCAGAUGUGGUCUUUGCUAUUCCCGUGCCCGUUGGUGUGCUUCCAGAAGUCUCUGAACCGGAGAAUGGAUUAUAUGAGGUCGAUCCAACCAACAGUCGCGUCCUUUGGCGCCUGCCUAGCGUCUCAGAUUUGAAUGCUUCGGCGAGCCUUGAGUUGUCAGUGCCAAAUGGUGCCGACUCUGCCGACGUGUUUUUCCCUGUCUCUGUCGACUUUUCUGCUGAGCAAACACUCCUGCCACUUCAAAUUCUUCAGGUUUUCGAUACUCGAUCGGGGGCUCAGCAGCCAUUCUCGAACGAAGCGCUACUUGUGGCAGACAAUUACAAGAUCCAAUAG